UUUUAUUAGUUUUUACUAUAAUACUCCGGGUCUAUUUAAAAACGAAUUUCCCUUCUGAUGGCUGUAAGAAUAAAAUUUGAAAAUAGUUGUGACAUAGGUGUUUAUGCCUCCUUAACUAAUUCCUACUGCCUGGUGGCCUCUGGAGGAGGGGAAUCUUUUUUUAGUACCUUCGCAGCAGAGUUAGAGCACCACAUACCCGUGGUGCACGCCUUUAUCGGAGGUUGUCGUAUUAUAGGAGCUCAGAUUGUCGGAAAUAAACAUGGCCUCCUGGUGCCAAGUAUUACUACGGACCAAGAACUACAACAUUUACGUGAUUCUCUUCCGGAUACUGUAGUUAUUCAAAGAAUUGAGGAAAGACACUCAGCUUUAGGAAACGUUAUAGCUUGUAACGAUUACGUGGGCCUUAUACAUCCCAACCUUGAUAAGGAAAGCGAGGACAUAAUUGCAGAUGUCCUACAAAUUGAAGUAUUUAGACACACUAUAGACCACAGCGUUUUAACAGGAUCGCACUGUGUUCUUAGCAACCAUGGCUGUUUGCUUCCACCUUUCGUAAGCGUACAAGAUAUGCAGGAAGCGGCUUCUUUACUUCAAGUCCCUGUAGCCGCAGGCACCGUAAAUCGAGGCCAAGAAUGUCUGGGCGGUGGAAUGGUCGUCAACGAUUGGUGUGCUUUUGUGGGCGCAGACACAACGUCGAUGGAAAUUUCGCAAAUUGAAAAUAUAUUCCGAUUGGGUGAGCAAGGCAAUCCCGAGCGCAUUACGACGGAUAUGAGAAAUGAUUUAAUCGCCGGACUCACCACUCGAAGCUAAUAUAUUCUCAAAAGUGUUGUUGAUCAAGUCUUUCAGACAAUAGUGAAUUUUUGAUAUAAAUAAACUUCCGC